UUAUGUGUUUGUAACAGAACAGAACACAUAUAAAUACUGUCCAAGUGUAUGCACAGGUACACUCAACUCAAGCCUUAUUAAAAAUCCUCUUUCCUAAACACAAAAACUCUGAUUAAGAUUCCACACAUAAAAAAUGGUUGAACAAGAAAUAAUAAGCAGAAAAGGUCCAUGGACAGAACAAGAGGAUUAUAAAUUAGCAUAUUUUGUUGGUUUAUUUGGUGACCGUAGAUGGGAUUUUAUAGCAAAGGUUUCAGGUUUGGAAGGUGGCGGGAGAGAGUAAUAAAUAGGUUUGAGUAGAUCAGGUAAAAGUUGCAGGUUACGUUGGGUUAAUUAUCUUCAUCCUGAUCUCAAACGUGGCAAGAUGACACCUCAAGAAGAAAGACUUGUUAUGGAGUAUCAUUCUAAAUGGGGAAAUAGAUGGUCAAGAAUUGCGAGAAAAUUACCGGGAAGAACAGAUAACGAGAUUAAGAAUUAUUGGAGAACACACAUGAGGAAGGUGAGAGCACAAGAGAAAAAACAUGCAACACCUUCAACAAUUUCAUCACCUGAUCAAUCUUCAAGUUGUCAAUCAUCACUUUUCUCAAACAAUAAUCAUGCUGUGGAUUCACAUGCUUCUUACCAAGAGGUUGGUGAAGAAAAUUACCAAGUCCAAGAAAUUGUUGAGGGGUACUCAAUGGAUGAUAUUUGGAAAGAUAUUGCUAUGUCAGAAGAUGACAUUAAUAUUUUUCAACCUGUUAAUGAUGGACAUAGUGAAGAAAAUUGCAACUUUUCUGGUCCUAUAAUGCCUUCUACAUCAUCAUGGGAUUAUUCUAAUUUGGAUCCAUUGUGGGUGAUGGAUGAAGAAGAAAGCAAGAUGUUAUUCCCUCCUAUUGGUGACCAGUAUUUUUCCUUCUAUGAUCAACAAGGGAAUACAUUUCUAACUGGAUAAUCAUGAUUAUUCUUUCUUCAAUAUUUUGUUCAUAUGUGUGCCAUCAUAAGAUAGCCUAAUUAACAUGUAUAGAAUAGUGUCAUGUAACUUAUAGCGACUGCAGAGACAUUGGAUAUGCUGGGACGCGAGUUCGAAUGUGCAAUUCUUCACUUCUCAGCCUUUUAUGUGUAUGAGUUUCGCCGCUAGGUUCUUUAGAACCAAAAGACACAGUAAAAGUAAAAGCAUAUUUCAAUAUGGACGGUCCGAUCUAAAUCGAUGGAUUGUUUAAAAAUUUAAACUCUUUUUGUUUAUGUCUCUUUUAAGCAUGAUUCUGCAUAGUGUGACACGGCUGUAAUCAAAUCUAAGUAAUUUUACUCUAUAUGAUCAAUAUCAAUGUUUGUGCUUUUACUUUGAAGAAAUGUUCCAAUGUGGAAAUGGCAUGUUUUAUCUUAAUGUAAAAUAUCAAACACUUUGUUCGAA